AGGGUAUUUUGGCGUGGUGUUGUCGAAGAACUCCUGUGGUUCAUCAGUGGCUCAACUAAUUCAAAGGUUUUGCAAGAGAAAGGUAUCCAUAUCUGGGAUGGCAAUGCUUCAAGAGAGUAUCUUGACAGUGUUGGCUUGGCACACAGGGAGGAAGGCGAUCUAGGUCCAGUUUAUGGAUUUCAAUGGCGACACUUUGGUGCUGAAUAUAAGGACAUGCAUGCUAACUAUACUGGAAAAGGUUUUGAUCAGCUAACGGAUGUGAUUGACAAGAUAAAAAACAAUCCUGAUGAUCGCCGAAUAAUUUUGUCAGCGUGGAAUCCUCCAGAUCUUAAGAAAAUGGCUCUUCCUCCUUGCCACAUGUUUGCACAAUUUUAUGUGGACAAUGGGGAGCUAUCCUGCCAGAUGUAUCAACGCUCUGCAGACAUGGGGCUUGGUGUUCCAUUCAACAUUGCAUCAUAUUCUCUUCUCACAUGCAUGAUUGCUCAAGUUUGUGAUCUUUCUCCUGGAGAUUUUGUCCAUGUCAUAGGGGAUGCUCAUGUCUAUAGAACUCAUGUUCGAGCUCUGGAGGAGCAAAUUCAGAAGAUGCCUAAACCAUUUCCAAUUUUAAAGAUGAAUCCUUCAAAGAAGGAUAUAGAUUCUUUUGUGGCAUCAGACUUCAAGCUGGUUGGCUAUGAUCCUCACCAGAAGAUAGAGAUGAAAAUGGCAGUAUAA